AUGGCAACCGUGCAGGAAAAGGCUCGAUGCAACGUUUGGCUUGUAGAAACAAAGUCGGUGACUGUGGUGCUGCGUGAUUACAGACGCCAGUACAGGAAAGAAGUAUGGGGGUCUUCAGAUGUCAAGAUGAAUUUAUUAGAUUUGCCAGAAUUAACUGGAGUAAAGUCGAGGUUAAGGUCGAGUAGUAAUUCUACCUGGGCCAGUGGAAGCAGCAGACAAUCCAGAUCUUCACUCUUAGAAGAUGACGGUGUAGACGAAAAUAUUCCCUUGGAAGCUAGAUUUGAACCGCGCCAUCUAUACCGACUUCGGGCAUGUUUCUUUGACCCAAGUCUCCUGCCUAAGACAUCAGCUAAUCGACGCAUCACUCGUCAUCAAACUAGAAGUCCUCCACUUCCACUGGAAUCGUUUGUGUUAGCUGUUAACAGAGUUAUGGGUUCUAAGCGGUACCAGAAGACAGCAAUGUGUUUCUUUCAUCAGGUGGGAGAAUUUUCUGGUAGGGAGAACUUUAUUACCUGGGAGGAUGUACUGAACUAUUUGCAACAGCGGAUGAAGAAAGCCGAACCGUGGCUGAAACCACCUCUAAGCACGAACCAUGAAUAUAAAUACUUCCCUCAUACCCGGAAAGAACACGUGGCCAAGAUCAUCCGAAUACCGCCACCAUCAAAUGUGUACAUCGUGGUGGGCAAGCUGGGGAAUGUAGGAAUUACAGAACAGAACUUAAGACUUCAGAACCAGUACGAUCUGGAUAUCGAAGAUCGACUAAUCACGACAGACGGAGCGGCUUCUUCAAAGCGUUUCACUCCUGCUUCUGUUACCGAUGUAGUGUAUAUGGGCAGCUCGAAGUUCUUCGCUGUGUCGACGACGGGCAGUUGUAUCCAUUUUAUAGAUAUUUCAGCCAGCACACAUGUGGAAGUAUUCCGUUUAUACGGUCUUCCACAGGUGCCUUUAUGUAUGGACUACUGGUUUCGGAAAGAGGAUAACGCAGAAGCAAGACUACUGACCGGAAGUGAAAACGGAAGCGUUACCAUCUUCCUCUUUCUUCAGCCGAUGACAUCAUUAUUUUAUCGCCAAAACAUGGAAGGUGUGGAACGAGUUUUAUUUUCGGAUUUAGACAAAUACCACAGAAAAUACGUCAACAUCCGGGUAUUCGAAGGAGUUCACAAGACAUCCAUCUACCGACUCAUCUAUACUGCUGAGAAUGAGAAGAUAAUCACGUGCUCACAAGACAGUCAACGCUCUCUAGUGGUACAGGAUGUGUGGAAUAAAAACAAACCGUAUAUCUUUUCCUUAUUUAAAGGAGUAAGAUGUUUCGAUUACACUCGGCGACUCGGUGUUUUAGCUACAGGAAGUCCGGACUUUCUCGUACGAUUAUGGAACCCGUACGUGUCCAGCAGGGCGACAGCCAUCUUGAAAGGUCACGUGACGGCUGUGAUUGAUGUACGCUUCCACGAGAGUAUGGAUUUCUUGUUUUCGUACUCAAGAGACGCAGAUCUCCGAGUGUUACCAU